AUGUUUGGGCGUGGACCAACAAGGAAGAGUGAUAACACCAAAUAUUAUGACAUUCUUGGUGUUUCAAAAAGUGCCAGUGAAGAUGAAAUCAAGAAAGCCUAUAGAAAGGCGGCGAUGAAGAAUCAUCCCGAUAAGGGUGGAGAUCCUGAGAAGUUCAAGGAAUUGGGCCAAGCAUAUGAAGUGUUAAGUGAUCCUGAAAAGAAAGAACUCUAUGAUCAAUAUGGUGAAGAUGCCUUGAAAGAAGGAAUGGGAGGAGGAGGAAGUUCGUUUCAUAAUCCAUUUGAUUUAUUCGAAUCAUUUUUUGGUGGAGCUGGCUUUGGUGGCGGUGGUCCUUCACGGGGAAGAAGACAGAAGCAAGGAGAAGAUGUGGUGCAUUCUUUAAAGGUUUCCUUGGAGGAUGUGUUUAAUGGCACUACAAAGAAACUAUCUCUUUCUAGGAAUGUGUUGUGCGUAAAAUGUAAAGGGAAGGGUUCAAAAAGUGGCACAGCUGGAAGGUGUUUUGGAUGCCAGGGCACUGGUAUGAAGAUUACCAGAAGGCAGAUUGGUCUGGGCAUGAUUCAACAAAUGCAACACGUCUGUGGUGACUGCAAAGGAACUGGUGAGGUCAUUAGUGAGAGAGAUAGAUGUCCUCAAUGCAAGGCAAACAAGAUAACUCAAGAAAAGAAGGUGCUGGAGGUGCAUGUGGAAAAGGGGAUGCAGCAGGGUCAAAAGAUUGUAUUUGAAGGACAAGCUGAUGAAGCCCCGGACACAAUCACCGGAGACAUAGUUUUUGUCUUGCAAGUGAAAGGGCAUCCAAAGUUCAAGAGGGAGCAUGAUGACCUCUAUAUUGAUCACAAUCUGAGCUUAACUGAGGCUCUCUGUGGCUUCCAAUUUACUGUCACACAUCUUGAUGGAAGGCAACUCUUGGUCAAAUCAAAUCCCGGAGAAGUCAUCAAGCCAGGUCAACACAAAGCUAUUAAUGACGAGGGAAUGCCACAACACAAUAGGCCCUUCAUGAGGGGACGCCUAUACAUCAAGUUUAAUGUUGAAUUCCCCGAAUCAGGUUUUCUUUCCCCUAGUCAAAGCCUAGAAUUAGGGAAGAUAUUACCUCAAAAGACAAGCAAGAAGUUGGCAGAAAAGGAACUAGAUGAUUGUGAAGAGACCACCAUGCAUGAUGUUGAUAUUGCAGAGGUGCUUCGAAAGAAACAACAUUACCACCGUGAGGCAUAUGAUGAUGAUGAUGAAGACGAGCCCUCAGAGCCUCGAGUACAGUGUGCUCAGCAGUAG